AAGUAUUAUUUUUAAACAUUUUCCACAGUAAAGACAUGAAGUUCGUUUUUAUUUUUGUUACAUUAGCUGUUUCUGUGACUUUUGUAGAAAGUUUUAAAUCAUUUAAUGAAAUCGAAACCUUAUUAGACAAUCAUGCAAAAAGUUUAGAUAAAUCAAAAGAUGAUUCAGUAGCAGGCAAAGGAUUAUUAGAAGUGCAAGAAGCUGUUAAUCCAAAAGAUCGAAAGAAUCACAGACAGCGUCGAGAUAGUUCGUCUGAAAUUAUAUCAAGUGACAGUAGUGGAGUUUUAGGAAGCAGUAAUAGUAGUGUGGCAAGUGGAAGUAUAAAUAAUUCAGGAAGUGCAAGUGGAAGCAUUGAGGGUUCACAAAGUCUUGGUUCUAACAGUUUAACGUCAUCUAUUGAAAGCGCGAGUGGCUCAGCUUCAAUUGAAAGUUCAGCACAUGUUGGUAAAGCAGAUUCUAGAGAUGGGGAUUUAGAUGACGAAGGAAUCGAGCUUGAAGACGAAUUUGAAUUAUUUGACGAAUUUGACGAUACCUUAAAUGUGGACGAUGAAUUUGGCUUUGUUGAAAAUUUCGAUGAAAUUGAGAAUGCUGAAAAUUUGGAUGGAAUUGAGACUGUUGAAAAUUUGGAUGAUGUUGAGGAUAUUGAAGUCGAGGACGAAAUCGAGAAUGUUGAAAAUUUAGAUAAAAUCGAUGAUGUCGAUAUUGUGUAUCCUGAAAUUGAGGAAAUUGAAAAUUUGGAAGUUGCGGAUGAUGAAUUAGAAACCAUUGAUGAAGUUGAAGGUGGUGUCGAAGAAAAGGCAGACAUUGAAGAUGAAGCAGCAAACAAUCUUGAAAACGCUGAUAAAGAAUUAGAAAACCUCCAAAUAGAAUUAGACGAAGUAGAACCUGUUCCAAAAGAAUUAGGUGAUGAUUUAGAAGAGGCUACAGACACAGAGGAAUCAGUAGACGAUGAUACAGAAGAAUCUGAAGAAACAUUAGACGAAACUGUAGAAAAUGAAGACACAAACGCUGAUGAAGAUGAGCCAAAAAAGAAAAGAACUAAAAAAUUAAAGAAAAAAGUUUCAGAAUCGAUUGAUGAAGAACUUGUUGACGAAGUUGCGCCAGAUUUACUUGUGUAAUAUUUCGGAAAAUUCCACUUUUAAGUUCAUUAAAUUUGUUACAUCCUUUUCUACACUAUUAAGUAAAACUUUUAAUUAAUAUUUUAUCUAAAACUAUAAGCAUAAGCAAAAGUUGUU